AUGGGAAUGUCGCGUUGUUACGCCUUGAUGAAAUGCUUGCUGAUAUUGUUUAACAUUAUUUUUCUGGUGGUGGGUGUGGGCGCGUGCGCGUUCUGCGGGUGGGCAUUGUGGGCGGGCUACGGCGGUGCGGGCGCGGGGCGCGCAGGGCUGUGGUGCGUGAGCGCGUGGGGCGCGGCGCUGGCGCUGGGCGCAGCGGGCUGUCUGCGCGGCGCGUGCGGCAGCUGUGCGGCGCUGCGCGGUGGGCUGGCGCUGCUGGCGCUGGCGUGCGCGGCCGAGGCGGCGGCGGCGGCCUGGGGCGCCGCGCACGCACCGCAGCUGCGCCAGGCGCUGCGCGACCGCCUGCGGGACACCGUCGCGCACGAGUACGGCCUGCUGCCCGACCGCACGCACAUGCUUGACGCCAUUCAGCACGGGGUACGUUAUCAUUGA